AUGCAUCUUCUUCGCAUCACUGUCGCUGUCAAGGCUGUAGGUGUGGCUUUCCUCGCUGCCACUGCCACUGCCUUUGAUGCUCCUCGCGAUGAGACGAGUCUCAAACUUCUCACAAAAUCCGCCGACGCACAAGUCCAGGGCGUCCUCGACAACAAGAAAACCUCGUUGACCGGCUCACCACGAUCCCUCACCCGCGCCGUUCGUCAAUUAGUCGUGCCCUUCCUAUGGGAGGACUCAACAUACUUUCAUAAUGAAACUCUUGUUCCGCACAUCGAAGAAAUGCUGGACGUCCUGCAGAAGGUUCAGCACGACGACGGUACAUACACCGUCGGCAACCGUCAUUCCCCACCUGACACGGGCUUUUUGAUCGAAGACUUCGGUAUUAUGGUGCGCAUCCUCGAAAAAGACGACCAUGAAGCAUCACAACCUCUCGCGGAUUUGAUCCGUGGUAUUCUUGUCAAAGCGGGCUCUGGUCUUUCCAAGGGCGGCAUUCACACGCCCAACCAUAGAUGGAAGAUCUGCAGUGCAUUGGCGCGAAUUUCUCAGAUCACUGGAAAUGAGACCCUUGUAGAGAGAAUUGAUGAGUGGCUUGCUGAGGGUAUUGAUAUCGAUGCUGAUGGUAUCUACUCUGAGCGAAGCCCCAAUUACUACUCUGCUGUCUCUAAUCCUUCUUUGUUGACUGUUGCCCAUGAGCUCAACUACACUGAGCUCAUUGACUAUGUUCGCAUGAACCUUGAGCUGUCAAUUGAGCAUGCGGAGCCAAACGGAGAAAUGGAAGUUGUUCAGAGCCGUCGUCAGGACCAACAACAGGCUCCUUCAAUUAACAUCGGCAACUUCUAUCCUCAAUUCCGCGAACUCGCUCUCCUUGACAACAACGGUCGUUUUGCCGCCAUGGCUCGACUAAUCGAAGAGCUCAUCGGUGAACAGCUAGGUGAUUUCUUGGCUAAUCUCAUGGAGCGACCUGAACUCGCUGCACAGCUACCUGAGCCAGAGAAACCAUUCGUGGACUUUGAGAAGCACUACAAGUCUGCUGGUCUUGUACGUGCGCGUCGCGGAAACUUGACUGUUUCUGCCUUCGGUGGAUCAGAUUGGUACUUGGAUGGAAAGAAGGCUGAGUUCUACAACCGCAUGGGCUCUGGUCUGUCGACAAACCCAACCAUGUUCAAGGCAUGGAACGGCAAGGCCGUUCUCGAGGCCGUCCGAAUGAGCGCCAAUUUCUUCAGCAUGGGCCACUUCCGAUCCAAUGGCGUCAACGUUUCAGACAGCGGCAGCAUCCAGCUUGGCAGUGAGAUCGAGGUCCCUUACUACCUUCCCAUGCCAUCCGAGCGUCGCGACGAAAACGGCACAUACAAACUCUCCCGAUCCGUCGACGGCCGUUUCUACGCGAUGGCAGACUUCGAAAACCGACCAGCCAGCAUGCGUCGUCUCAAGACAGAAGUGGAUAUUACUCCCACCAAGGCUGGCUACGAUCUCAACUUCCAAGUUACCGGAGAAGAUGACGUCGAACUUACCUUUGAGAUUACGUUCCGAGAGGGUGGAAAGUUCAAGGGUGUGGAUGAGUUUGUGGAUAGUGAUAACACCACGAUCUAUCGCCUUGCUGAAGGAAUGGGAGAGUACACCAUGGGUGAUGAUAAGAUUACCUUCGGCCCUGGAAAUGGAAUGGGAGUUAUUCAGAAUGAUGCUGGUGAGCAGUACAGUUGGCAUGGAGGUAACCUGACGUUGGCGGGGAGUCAUGUCUACAUCACUGGUGUUACACCAUUGAACUAUACCCUCAACUUGGGAUUCGCCUAG